AUGUUCGGACCGUACUAUGGGAAAACCCCCGAAGAAGUGGAGGGUUUUCGCCAAACCAUCAUUCGAGGAAUAUACGAUGCCUACAAAAAACAAAUUCCCCAGCGUCAAGUUUUCUAUGAAGUCGACUCUAAUUUCGGAAAGUUUCUUGCGAUGUCGGUAUCCAAAGGCCUUGGUGGGCUUCGUGAUAAGGAUGGAGUUCCGUUCAAAACUCAUUCCGUGAAAUCUCUCUUCUCGGGAGAAUCGUCUAUUGCACAGAAGUGUCGAGAGAAAAUAAUGAGAGACUACACGUCUCUUCAAUUGGAGCAAAUGAAACUGGAAUUCGAGAACGGAACCGUCCAAUCAAAACUGUAUUUGGAAGCAAUCAAGGUGGCGGACAAGGAUUUCCACGACGAUUUCAAAAAGGAACAAUUCGACAUCAAAAAUGCCGAGAUCCGAGAAAAUUCCGAUGCUCUCAUCGAGAAAAUCGACAAUGCGAUUGCUCGAGUCGGAAACCGUGUCGUAGAGUUGACGGCCGGAAUCCGGCAACUCGACCUGGAUAAUGCCUCUAGUAGCGAAGAGGUUCAGAAAAAAGUAAAAGCGGAGGAAUACAAGAGGAAAAAUCUUCGCUCAAUUUUGGAAGCACUCGGAGAGAUCAAAAUCAAGUCUACCAAGUGGAUGGUAUACGAUUCAAGUCCCAACUUGGAGGAACUGGAUUUCGCCGGAUUGGUGCAAGACCAAGAGCUGCUCAACAAAUUGAACGAUAUGCUCUUGAAAAUCGGAAAGGCCACGGAGAAGUGGGACAAGCUCGUCGUCGCAGGAAACAAGACCAUCGAAGGUUACGUGACGACUGCAAAGGACUUCAUUGGAUUGUACCAAUGCCAUUAUGGAGUCCUUCAAAAAACCGUCAUGACGACGAUCAACGUGAAGAAGCUCUUCAUGAAGAAAUUUGAAAGCCGAGCCAAAACCCACGUCUUCCUGGAGAAUGUCUCCAAACAUUUGGCGGAGGUCGACGCAACGGAGGAGCGCUUCAUGGGGUUGAUGGGGUUGCUGGACCAGAUAAUGGAGAAGGCUGGAGAAUAA